AUCUGCACCUGCACAGAAGCCCAAUGUGACUAUUGCACACGGCGAGUCAGGAAGAUGCACGAUCAUAUGCCGGUUCAUGGGAGGAAGGCCUCGGAGCAUACGAACGCUAUGCCUCUCUGGAAGUCAUGCAAACUCCAGAUAUACUUCACGGCCAAGGGUCUUAUCAACUACUUCGUGGUCGAAGAAGACCUAUCUCUGCCAACAACGGGAGGAGCGCUAGCAGGGUCGGGCCUGGCUACGACGCCCACGUCGCAGGAGGAGGGAAAGCUGUUCGAAGAGCUAAAGGCUGACAUCAUCCAGGCCUCACGCGACCUAGAUAAGGAUGCCGAGAUUGUGCAAGACGUCGAGGCGUCACGGGCUGAUCGGGUGCCCUGGCUUGUCUAUACCGGGUUCCCUACGCACCUAUAG